AUGGCCGGCAGAGCCGAGUUGGAGAAGCAGGCCUUGAAAGGCCUGGCCUCCUCAUGGGAGGAAUGCAAGCUUACCCGACGACGUUUGUUGCUGGACCGCUUCCUGCUAAAGUGGCCGAAGCCAGCAGUGAUCGGUGUGCCGACGUAUUCUAGUGCUUCGCUGAACUAUAACACCUUGGACCCAUUGUUCCGACUGUGGGCGGCAAACACUGCAGCUCCAAAGUCACCAAAAGUAACUUCGUUGACGGCAGAGGUGAAGAAGGUUUGGGAGCUCGUCGGCCAGAAAUCUACCCAGGGUGAGAUUCAGUGUGAUUCGUGGGGACUUCGGAAGUUUCUUUCCUUCUUCAUCAAGCGCUUGGCGCAGACGACCAAGCCACGUGACCCGAACAACCGGAAGCUCAAGAAAAUCUUGCUUGAAGCAUGGUACCCUGACCGUGUGGCCGAGUUGGACAGUGAUGAUGAAGAGGACCCGAUGGAUGAGGAUGAUGAUGGUUUACUGGGGCUAGGGGAUGACCUUGUACCUUUCGUCAAUGGACGGCUCGACGAUGAAGAUGAGCCAUGUGAUGAAGAGGUUUCUGGUCCCGCCAGUCCCGAGGUCUCGGGCCACCCAGGCGAUGCAAGGGCUGAGAAUGAGGAUUCCAAUGCAGAGCAACCUACGCUUGAGGUUUCGGGGCACGCAGACAAUGCUGGGGCUGAGAAGGAUUCCAGUGCAGAGCCACCUACACUUCAGGUUUCGGGGCACAUGUCUGGCAACAAUCCUGUCCUGGAUUCGACGGCUGCAGCAUCUGUGCAGCCUGAGCUGAUUGUGUGUUCGGAUGACGAAGAGGUCCCUAGGAGACCGGUUCCCACACCGGCUAGAGCUGUGACACGUCAAGAGCACCUCAACCAGCUGAAGCAGCGACUCUUGCAACUGAAGCAGCAGAAGCGCGACAUCCAGGCCAAGACCAGCUUCCGCCAUGAUUGUGGCCCUCACCACGAUCCCAGUCGUGUGGAGACCCAGCUGUACGAUGUCGAUGCAGCGGCUCGGAGCUGGCAGGAGGCGGAUGGAGAGCCGGCCCCGGUGGACCUGGAGGGUGAAGCUACUGGGAGCUGUGACGAUUCCGAGGCUGCUGAGGAUUCCGCAGUUGCAGAGGAACCCCAGGCUACGAUGGAUUCGGCUACAAAGGUUGUGGAGGAACCCGGGGCUACAACGGAUUCGGUUGUGGAGGAUUCCGAGGAGGCUACAAAGGAUUCAACAGAUUCCGCGAAAGGGAACAACAAGUGA